AGACGCUUGAUAGGAAAGGUUUGUUCAGGCAGGAAGAGUGGCCGUGCAUUAUAACCAAGAAAUGAAACUAAAUAUUUUCAACGGAAAAUAUCCAUUCUACACGCAAGAUUAACAGAUAUUUCAUCAAAUCCGAAGACGAAGAGCUUUCUUGUUUUUUUCUUGUUUUAAACCCUUGGCUUGGCGAUGAUUGAAAACGGACGGAAGUAACUUUAUCUUGCUCUGUGUCUGAAUGCCAAAGUUAGUAGUCAUGGAGCUGGGCAGGCAGCUGUGUGGGAAGAUGAAGAAACAGAAGAAGGUGGAGUUGGCCGUCCCUGCCAUCAUGAAAGGCCUCGAGAUCCACUUCUACCUAUCUGACACACACCAACUCGAGUACUUUAAAGGCUGCCACACCGCCGAGGACCUGUGUGUAGAGGCCGCCAAGAGAUGUCGUAUUUCACCCCUGUGCCAUAACUUGUUUGCCCUGUAUGAAGAGAGUCAGGCGCUCUGGUAUGCACCCAAUCAUGUAUUUAAGAUCACUGAAGACACCAGUAUUAAGCUUCACUACCGCAUGAGGUUUUAUUUCACAAACUGGCACGGAACCUCUGAGAGUGAUUCUCCUGUGUGGCGCCAUUCUUUGAGCAAACAGAAGGGGUCUAAAGGCCCAGAUGGAACACCAUUGCUCGAUGCUGCCUCCCUUGAUUAUCUGUUUGCUCAGGGACAGUAUGACUUUCUAAGAGGACUGGCACCGAUACGUAUCCCACAGAAUGAGGCAGAGCACCAUGAGAUAGAGAACGAGUGCUUGGGCAUGGCUGUCCUCGCCAUCACCCAUCAUGCCAAGAGCAACAACCUGCCCCUCUCAGGAUCAGGGGCUGAAACCAGCUACAAGCGUUUUAUUCCUGAGAGCCUCAACCGCACCAUUAAGCAGCGUAGCUUCCUGACUCGCAUGCGCAUCAACAACGUUUUUAAGAACUUCCUUAAUGAGUUCAACAGCAAGACCAUCCGGGACAGUAACAUCACCCUAUACGACCUGAAGGUGAAGUACCUCUCCACGCUGGAGACGCUGACGUGGGGUUUGGGCCGGGAAACGGUGGAACCUAAAAGCCUGUGCGUAUAUGGGGAGGGUGAGGUCUCACCUACACACACAUCCAGCAUGGGGGAUGAGGGACAGGCUUAUGAAGUGCAGGUGUGUGGCACAACUGGCAUCUCAUGGAGGAAGAAGCAUCAUCAGAAUGCUCUGACUUUCAAAGAGAGAAGUAAAUCAAGGAAGACAAAGACUGACUACAGACAGAAGAAUGGCAAUAACAACGAUGGCAACAAUGGAUGGAUCCUCUUUUCUGACUUUCAUGAAAUCACUCACAUCGUCACAAAAGAGGCUGGUGUCACCAUAUACAGACAGGACAACAAAACCAUGGAGCUGCAGUUGGGCUAUCGUGAAGAGUCUCUGGCUUUUGCUGCUUUGGUGGACGGAUAUUUCAGAUUGACUGUAGAUGCCCAUCACUACCUCUGCACUGAGGUAGCACCUUCGUCUGUGGUACAGAAUCUGCAGAAUGGCUGCCACGGGCCCAUCUGCACGGACUACGCCAUUCACAAACUAAGGCAGGAGGGCAAUGAAGAGGGCUCCUAUGUCCUGAGAUGGAGCUGUACAGACUAUGACUAUAUCAUCAUGACUGUCGUCUGCAUGGAGCUGGACUUAUGCCAGUCCAAGCCUAUUCCACAGUACAAGAACUUCCAGAUCGAGGUGACCUCUCAGGGCUACAGGCUAUUUGGGACAGAAACAUUCAGGACAAAUCUAAAAGAGCUGCUGGAGCACUUGCAGGGUCAGAGCCUCCGCACAGAGAACCUGCGCUUUCAGCUGCGCCGCUGCUGUCCUCCCCAGCCUCGAGAGGUGUCCAACCUUUUGGUGAUGACCUCUGACAGAGAGCCCGUUCCACAGAGACAGCCUCAAGUCAGCCAGCUGAGUUUCCACCGCAUACUUAAAGAGGAGAUUAUCCAGGGAGAACACUUGGGUCUGGGCACCAGGACCAAUAUCUAUGCAGGUGUGCUGAAGAUGAAAAGUGAGGAUGAGGAUGAUUUGGGAAGCUACUUCCCAUCACAGGAGGUGAAGGUAGUGCUGAAAGUGCUCGGCUCAGGACACAGGGAUAUAUCUCUGGCCUUCUUUGAGACAGCCAGCAUGAUGCGACAGGUAUCACACAAGCACAUCGCUUUGCUUUAUGGAGUGUGUGUGCGUCACCAGGAGAAUAUUAUGGUGGAGGAGUUUGUGCAGUAUGGUCCUCUUGAUCUGUUCAUGCGCAGAGAGACUGUUCCUCUCAGCACUUCAUGGAAGUUCCAGGUGGCCAAACAGCUGGCAAGCGCCCUCAGUUAUUUGGAGGAUAAGAAGCUUGUGCACGGGUAUGUUUGUGCUAAGAACAUUCUUUUGGCUCGAGACGGCCUGGACAGUGAUGGCGGUCCUUUCAUCAAGCUUAGUGACCCUGGCAUCCCCAUCACCGUGCUAACCCGAGAGGAGUGUGUGGACCGGAUUCCGUGGAUCGCUCCUGAGUGUGUGCAGGAUACAGCUAACCUGAGCGUAGCAGCAGAUAAGUGGGGAUUUGGAACAACUCUGUGGGAGAUCUGCUAUAACGGAGAAAUUCCUCUCAAAGACAAGAAACUCACAGAGAAGGAGAGGUUUUAUGCUGCUCAGUGUCACUUGGCCACACCAGACUGUGAGGAGCUUGCCAAUCUCAUGACCCACUGCAUGACCUACGACCCUCACCAAAGACCCUUCUUCAGGGCCAUCGUCCGAGACAUUGACAUGGUGGAAAAACAGAAUCCAUCUAUUAAGCCUGUUCCCACCCUAGAGGUCGACCCCACAGUGUUUGAGAAGAGAUUCCUCAAGAAGAUCAGAGACCUGGGAGAGGGGCAUUUUGGAAAGGUGGAGCUGUGCCGUUAUGACCCGCGUGGCGAUCGGACAGGAGAAUUGGUGGCAGUAAAAUCUCUGAAACCAGAGAGCCGAGAAGAGCAAAGCGGCAAUCUGUGGUGUGAAAUCGACAUCCUGCGAGAGCUCUACCAUGAGAACAUUGUCAAAUACAAAGGCAUCUGCCAGGAGGAGGGAGGCAGAUCCAUUAAACUCAUCAUGGAGUAUUUACCAGCAGGCAGUCUGAAGGAAUAUUUGCCCAGAAACAAAAACCAGACCUGUAUGAAUACCCUGCUAAGCUAUGCUGUCCAAAUCUGCAAGGGUAUGGAUUAUCUGGGCUCUCGGAAUUACAUCCACCGAGACCUUGCUGCCCGGAAUGUCCUGGUGGAGAAUGAGAGCACAGUAAAGAUUGGAGAUUUUGGCCUGACUAAAAGCAUUAAAGACAACGAGGGAUACUACACAGUGAAGGAUGACCUGGACAGCCCUGUCUUUUGGUACGCUCCAGAAUGCCUGAUUCACUGUAAGUUUUACAGAGCGUCAGAUGUCUGGUCAUUUGGAGUGACCAUGUACGAGCUCCUGACCUACUGCGAUGCCUCGUGCAGCCCCAUGUCGGUCUUCCUUAAAAUGAUUGGACCAACCCAUGGCCAAAUGACCGUCACCAGAUUGGUCAAGGUUCUGGAGGAGGGGAAGAGAUUGCCUAAGCCAGACGGUUGCUCAGACAAGGUGUACGCCUUAAUGAGGAGAUGCUGGGAGAGCACACCAGACAAAAGGAUCGACUUCAAGGGCCUCAUCGCUGAUUUUCAGCAAAUACUCGGCGACGGCAUGUAACAACGUUAAUCUGCUGCGUUACACACUCCGUCUGCCUGACCAGAGACAGUGCGUGGGGUCGCCACAGUGAACCUUUUACGCAAAGAAGACUUCAGGAGAACAUUUCCUGCUGAUUUUUGUUUCCAGAAAGAGCUUUCACAUGUUUAUAUUGUUUUACUCACAUCCUGUGUCACAGUAUUACCACAGAGUACAGCCAUGAAGCAAAGUGACAUCAUCAGUCAACCACAGGGCACGAAGCAGCACCUACAUCACUCGCUACGAGUUUGCAAGUAUAGACCUUCACGCCAUCUUUUGUGUUUAACCGUCAGCGACUGCGCCGAGUUUUCUCUUUGGGUUUAAAUGCCAUUUUAUAUUCUCAGUGUGCUUUUUCAUGUUCAUGUUAAUCGGUCAUUCGUGCAAUGCAGGAUGUUGUUUGCUAAAGUGUGUCACCACUUGUCACAUGAACAGUGAGGGGAAAGAAAAGCUACAGGAAGUGAGAGAGGAGUUUUGCCACAUGUAUCAAUCACGAGGCAGGUUUGCUUGUGCAGCUGGAUUUUUUUGCGGCGAAGAGGACGACGCUUCUGCCCUGGGACAGGAGGAGUCGGGAGAACAUUCUGGAACAGCACUUGGUCCUGCGUUUUCAUAUUAUUUUAUUUCUUAUCUUAUCUGCAGCCAAUAAUGACGAAAGACUGAAAAAGGACAUUUAUCUUGGAAUGUGGAAGGCAGUAUUUUUUUUGCCAUGCAUUGUGAGUGACAUUAAAUGCCUACAAUAGGCACUAGAGGACAGUAGAGAUUACAGAAAGUCAAACAUAUUCCCUUAUAUCUAGUGACAUGUAUUCAAAUCUUACAUAAACUUAAAAAAAAAAAAAAAAAAAAAAAAAAAGGAUGGAAAUUUUAAGUAUGGAAAUGGCUGAGCCUGAACAUUUUAUAAUUUGUAUCUACAGAAAUUAAAAGCAAAAUAUAUUGGGGCCGGUAUGCAUUGUUAAAAACAUGGACUGUCAUAUUAUCCUCAAUGUAACUGAACUAUUUUCAUUAUCAUCUUGUGGGUAAACGUUUUAAUUUUU